ACUUCCUCCGGCAAAAUGGUGGGUAUAGAGUCUAUGAGUCGCUAUGUUAGCCCUAUCAACCCGGCUGUAUUUCCACACUUAACAGUAGUUUUACUGGGAAUUGGUAUCUUCUUCAUGGCAUGGUUCUUUGUAUAUGAAGUAACAGCUACCAAAUUUACUAGAGAUAUAUUUAAAGAGUUACUGGUCUCAUUAUUCGCCUCAGUGUUUAUGGGAUUUGGUGUAAUGUUUCUGUUGUUAUGGGUUGGAAUAUAUGUUUAGCAGUUUUAUGUUUUGGGUUGAACAAUCAUCAAAAAAAGAUCAUGUUUCAUGGAAAAUUUCUCAUUACGAGGGAACAGAAAAAUUAAAAACACAUGUAUACUGCAAUAUUUGUUUUCUGUACAUAUUCUUAAUAAAAUAUAUACAUUUA